AAUCACUUGAACGCAGCACCACUGCUCACUGCCUGCCUCUCCGUCUUAUCGCGAUAGAGACCGUUGGGCCACGGAGCUAACGUUGAGCAACAUGGCGGAAGAGGAGGUGGCCAAGCUGCAGAAGCACCUGGCCCUGCUCAGGCAGGAGUAUGUGAAGAUGCAGCAGAAGCUGGCCGACACAGAGAGGCGCUGUGCCGUGCUCGCCGCGCAGACCUCCGGGCAGGGCUCCCCCAGCCCUGCAGCCACGGACACCUUCAUCAGCCGUCUGCUCGACAUUGUGGCAGACCUCUAUCAGCAGGAACAGUACAGUGAUCUGAAAGUAAAAGUUGCAGACAAAACACUCAGUGCCCAUAAGUUUGUAUUGGCUGCUCGUAGUGAUGCCUGGAGCCUGGCCAACAUGGCCUCCACCUCAGAAUUGGACCUAUCUGACUGCAAACCUGAGGUUGCCAUGGCAAUGUUGCGGUGGGCAUACACAGAUGAGUUGGAGCUCAGCGAGGAUGAUGCCUUUCUCAUUGACCUGAUGAAGCUGGCCAACCGCUUCCAGCUGCAGCUGCUUAGAGAGAGGUGUGAAAAAGGUGUGAUGUCCUCAGUGAAUGUUAGGAACUGCAUCCGCUUUUACCAAACAGCUGAGGAGCUGAACGCCACCACGCUGAUGAACUACUGUGGGGAGAUCAUCGCCAGUCACUGGGAUGAUCUCAGAAAAGAAGACUUCAGCACCAUGAGUGCCCAACUUCUGUACAAGAUGAUCAAAUCUAAAACCGAGUAUCCUCUCCACAAAGCUAUCAAAGUCGAGCGAGAAGACGUUGUCUUUCUUUAUCUCAUCGAGAUGGACUCACAGUUGCCUGGCAAGCUAAAUGAACUGGACAACAACGGUGACCUGGCUCUUGACCUGGCGCUCUCUCGUAAAUUGGAAAGUAUCGCCACCACUCUCGUUAACAAUAAAGCUGAUGUGGACAUGGUGGACCAGAGUGGCUGGAGCCUUCUGCACAAGGCCAUCCAAAGAGGUGAUGAAUUUGCUUCCAUCUUCCUGAUUCGCCACUCAGCUCAGGUGAAUGCAGCCACAGUGGGAGCAGUCGAAACACCUCUUCACCUGGUUUGUUCUUUCAGCCCUAAGAAACACUCUGCUGAAGUGAUGAGUGGCAUGGCAAGUAUUGCAGAGGCCCUGCUUAAGACGGGAGCUAACCCCAACAUGCAGAACAGUAAGGGCAGAACUCCGUUGCAUGAAGCUGUGGCAUCAGGGAACGAGCCUGUGUUCAACCAGCUUCUGCAGUGCACACAACUUGACCUGGAACUGAAAGAUCACGAGGGCAGCAUGGCUCUGUGGCUGGCCCUGCAGUACAUCACCAUGUCUUCAGACCCUUCAAUAAACCCAUUUGAGGAUGAUGCUCCAGUUGUGAAUGGCACUUCCUUCGACGAGAAUAGCUUCGCAGCCCAGCUUAUCCAGAGAGGAAGCAAUCCUGACGCACCUGACAGCACCACAGGAAACUGUCUCAUGCAGAGAGCAGCUCAGGUAGGCAACGAGGCAGCUGCUCUUUUCCUCGCCACUCAUGGAGCGAAGGUCAACCAUGUCAACAAAUGGGGUGAGAGUCCGCUUCAUACAGCAUGUCGCUGUGGUUUGGCAAGCCUGACAGCAGAGCUGCUCCAGCAAGGAGAACCCAACCUGCAGACCCAGAAGGCCCUGUCUGAUGAUAGCCGUGAUGUGGCUAUGCAGACCCCCCUCCACAUGGCCAUCGUUCACAACCAUCCAGAUGUUGUUUCUGUUAUCCUCGAACAAAAAGCCAAUGCACUUCAUGCAACCAACAACCUCCAGAUCAUUCCAGACUUCAGUCUUAAAGACUGCAGUGACCAGACAGUGCUGGGCUUGGCCCUCUGGACAGGUAUGCACACCAUAGCGGCCCAGCUGCUUGGAUCAGGGGCUUCUAUUAAUGACACCAUGUCUGAUGGACAAACCCUGCUCCACAUGGCAAUCCAAAGACAGGACAGCAAGAGUGCCCUCUUCCUUCUGGAGCACCAGGCAGACAUCAAUGUUAGGACACAGGAGGAAAAAACAGCACUACAGUUGGCCAUCAGUAACCAGCUGCCACUGGUGGUGGAUGCCAUUUGCACAAGAGGAGCUGAUAUGUCUGUGGUGAAUGACAAAGGGGAUCCUCCGUUGUGGCUGGCUCUGGUGAACGGCCUGGAAGAUAUUGCAUCCACACUGGUGCGCCAUGGCUGUGAUGCAACAUGUUGGGGACCUGGACCCUCAGGCUGCCAGCAGACCCUCCUGCACAGAGCUAUUGAUGAAAACAAUGAGGUCUCUGCUUGCUUCCUCAUUCGCAGUGGGUGUGACGUGAACAGCCCCAGGCAGCCUGGCCCAAAUGGAGAAGGAGACGAAGAAGCCCGAGAUGGACAAACGCCCCUCCACCUGGCAAGCAGCUGGGGGUUGGAGGAGGUGGGGCAGUGCCUUUUAGAGUUUGGAGCUAAUGUCAAUGCACAGGAUGCAGAGGGCAGAGCUCCCAUCCACGCUGCCAUUAGCAACCAGCACAACGUUAUCAUACAGCUCCUCAUAUCUCAUCCAGACAUUCGUCUUAACAUACGGGACCGUCAAGGAAUGACCCCCUUCGCCUGUGCCAUGACGCACAAGAACAAUAAGGCAGCAGAGGCCAUCCUAAAGAGGGAGCCAGGUGCUGCAGAGCAGGUGGACAACAAAGGGCGUAAUUUUCUGCAUGUGGCUGUGCAGAAUUCAGACAUUGAAAGCGUCCUCUUCCUCAUCAGUGUCCAAGCUAAUGUCAACUCCAGGGUUCAGGACGCAGCCAAACUCACCCCUCUCCACCUGGCUGUCCAGGCCGGGUCUGAGAUCAUUGUCCGCAACCUGCUGCUUGCCGGAGCCAAAGUAAAUGAGCUGACCAAACACAGACAGACAGCACUACAUUUGGCCGCCCAGCAGGACCUGGCAACUAUUUGUUCUGUGCUGCUGGAGAAUGGAAUAGACUUUGCUGCUGAGGAUGAGAAUGGCAAUAAUGCUCUGCAUCUGGCUGUGAUGCAGGGCCGCCUUAACAAUGUCAGAACCCUUCUCACCGAGUCCAACAUUGAUGCCGAGGCCUUCAAUCUCAGGGGUCAAUCUCCAAUGCAUGUACUCGGCCAUUAUGGGAAAGAGAACGCUGCUGCCAUCUUCGAGUUGUUCCUGGAGUGUAUGCCUGAGUACCCUCUGGACAAACCAGAUAAUGAAGGGAACACAGUUCUGCUCCUGGCCUACAUGAAAGGAAAUGCAAACCUGUGCCGUGCCAUUGUGAGGGCUGGGGCUCGACUCGGAGUCACUAAUAAUCAGGGCAUCAACAUUUUUAACUACCAAGUUGCAACCAAACAGUUGCUCUUCCGCCUUUUAGAUAUGCUGUCCAAAGAGCCCCCAUGGUGUGAUGGAUCUAACUGCUAUGAAUGUGUUGCCAAGUUUGGUGUAACAACACGGAAACAUCACUGCCGCCACUGUGGGCGCCUGCUGUGCCACAAGUGCUCUAUAAAGGAGAUCCCUAUCAUCAAGUUUGACCUGAACAAGCCGGUGAGGGUGUGUGAUAUCUGCUUUGAUGUACUAACUCUGGGUGGGGUGUCGUAAAACAGCGGCCAUGAGCUCCUCCACACUCUGACACUGGCCAUGCCAGGUUCAACUCGGCACAGUUAUCCAGUCACACCAGGAGAAGGGACAUCAGUAGCAGGACAAACUAACGAGAUUCCCGGACAGUUAUGGACCGUCAUCUUUAUAAAGUUCCAGUCGAUGAAAAACUAUUAUUGUUCUAGAGGGACAUUGUCUUUUUGUUUCUGUUUUGAUCAAAGUAUCUUAAAUGGAUAUAACAGAUCUCUAGGUCUGUGAUGGCUGGACUGUUUGUUAAUCAGUUUCCCAAGGUCAAUAAUGUUUAUAAAGAAUAGCUCUUAUUGUCACAAGCAGGUAGCUGCUUCUGUAUGUAGACAUUUCAAUUCAGUGAUGAACAUUUAAAUGAUCAAAUCCACAUUUGAGAGCAAGGAUCACUGCUUCCUGUUGUUAUGUUUCACCAUCUGCAGCCUUCAUGCUAUGUGACCUGCCCCAAGACCAAAAUUCAAUGAGAUCUUAAAUUUUUAUGAGAGCUGAGGCUGCUGUCAAUAAAACGGAAUUAUGACCUUAGAUCAGUGGAUCUACAAAGACUGAACUAUCAGCAUGUUCUCUGUAAUCUUUCAUAUGUCGCUCUCCUGUCAUCUUGAUUCUGUACUGACUGGUUAAAGCGUGACAGAUGAGGAGGAUUUAAAGGGAAAGAAACCCAACUCAAUUUUUACAAGCACCAUUUCCUAAUGAGGUCUUCUCAAAGUAGAUUCCUAAUUAUAUCAUUGAACACAAAUCACUUUACUGUUAAAUGUAACAGAUGGCCAGAUGAGCAAUGAAAUUCCUCCAUGAAGUUUGUCUUAUGUUUUCUGUGAUUGUUCCAUCAUUUGGCUCACUUUUUAACACGGCAAACUUAAAAAAAAUGUGACCUGAGAAAACCUCCCCCCUUAUGAGAGGAUCAAAAACAAUUCUCUCAACUGUUGUUGUCCUCAGUUACAGAGAUGCCUCUUAUGCCUAUGCAUGUGAUUUAAUUUGUAGCCUUUUCAUGUCAUCGUCAUAAUCAUAAAUCAUGUUUUAAAAAUCAGCCAUCAAAUGAUUACAUUCCAUUUUUGAUCUGCCAUGAGGUCCUUUGUAGGAAGUUGUGAUCAAAGUCCCCAAAUGUUGCCUCAAGUCAAGUUGUCGUCUUGACCCAUAACAUGUAACGCUUCUUGAUUUCUAAGCCUAACAGGUGCACUUUAUCAAAGAUCACAUGGCAUUUCUGAUCAUUGGGGAGAAUGUGGAGUGGAGGGAUGGCCGGGUAGUGGGGCCUCUUUAAGUAUUGUUAAAUUGUACAGAUAAAUGUGUGAUAUUUUUGACCACUACAACUGUUUUGUACUUUAAUGCAGUUUGUGCUUGUCAUUGUGACAAACCUAAAUCUUGCCUCUGUUAAUCUUUUAUGCACAUUGUUUAAUCUUUUAUGCACAUUAUAUUGUAUCUGUAUGCUCAGAUAUCUAGCCUGUCUCUUCCUGGUGUAUCCUUUUAGAAAAAGGGAGGACAAAUUUACAUAAAGGUCAUCAAAAACAAA